GAACAGCGCAAGGCAUACACCGGCUUGGCUUCUCUCGUUCGAGGUUACUCCUUCCUAUUUAGAACAAAACGAAAAGGAAAAGGAAAAGGAAAGAAGAGAAGAAAUAUCUCAAUCUACAGAUUCAGUGCUUUCUUCCUCUUCGGAUUCCCCUUCUUCCCACAACUUCCUCUAUCGAUUUCUUGUUUUUUUUGCUUUGUGGUAGUUCUCUUGUUGUUGGAAGGUGGAUUGAAUAAGUGGAUAUGGACUCGUCGUCUAUAGAGGCUGUUCCAGCAAUGCAGGAAAUACUUCUAGAGUUUCGUGCUGGAAAAAUGCGUUUUGAAGGAAAAAGGGUUGUACCUGAUACACGCAAAGGACUUGUUCGUAUUGGAAGGGGUGAGGAGGGAUUGCUGCACUUUCAAUGGCUUGAUCGGACACAAAAUGUCAUUGAAGAUGAUCAGAUUGUUUUUCCCGAUGAAGCAGUUUUUGAGAAGGUUAAUCAAGCUUCAGGAAGAGUUUACUUAUUGAAGUUUAAAACAGAUGACAGGAAGUUCUUCUUUUGGAUGCAGGAGCCCAAAGCUGAUGAUGACCAGCAGUUAUGCAUCUCUGUUAAUGACUACAUUAAUCGGCCACUGGAGUUUCUCGAGGAAGAAGAACCUGUUGCUUCCACUCCAAUGCACGUUUCAGAGGGCACAGUCGAAGAAAAUACCCCAUCGAGCUCCUCACUACGGCCAGUGAAGUUGGAAGACCUGCAAAGAAUUUUAAGUAACAUCGAGCCAUCUGCAGAUAUUGAUGUCGAUCCAGAUGCAGGUUUUGGAUUAGGAGACUUAUUGAAGCCUGAUCUGAUAAUGCCAGUGCUGGAAACGUUACCAUUGGAACAGAGUUUAGCAUCAUAUUUGCCUGAGGGUCCAUGGACUCCUGAGGAUAUAUUGGAGCUUUUACAAAGCCCACCCUUCCGUCAACAAGUAGAUUCAUUUACUUAUGUUCUCCGGACUGGACAGAUAGAUUUGUCUCAGUUUGGAAUAGACCCGAGCAAAUACAAAUUUACGGUAUUGUCUUUUCUUGACGCCCUUGAGGAUUCUGUUUCAAAAACGUCAAGUUCGGAGCUGGAGCAGGAUAAUAAGGAUGUAAGAUCCCAAUCCUUCAACCGUAGUGACUCGAUGGAUGAAUCAUAGUAAGAAGAUAUUCUAAUUCUGUGUUUGCUAAUCAGUUACCAAUCUCAUUGUUUUAUUAUCGGCAAAGAGAAGGUUGCUUGACAUUUCUUGUAUACCUUAGAGAGGAAGAACUAGAAUUGCUUGAGUAACCAAAAGUGCGGAUUUUUAUCUGGAUUCUUAUAUUUGAUCUGACGAUAAUCUUAGUUUCAUAUUUGAUUAAUCUCGUUGUAAGUUCUUCAGUUUUUGGAGUGUUUAAUUGUAUACUGACAAAAGUAUAGUUUCGUUA